GCCCCGACUGAGCUCCUUUUUCUUCUGGCAGUCUGUCUGUCCCUGGUCUCUUUGUCUGCGCUCUCCCACCUAUUAGACAUAUCUCCCUUUCUUGAAGUUGGCAUGAAGAGGCUGUUGGGACGGCCAGCAGGAGGUCUGCGUGGUAGAGGGAACUCCAGGUCUUCCCUCUUGCCUUGAGUGAGUCACAGCGGAGGCGGCAGGAGACAUGCCCCCUCAUCCAGCUGCCAGCCAGCUGUGCCCCCCACCCCCAACACGGGAGACACUCUGCUGCGAAGCCCUUUUCCCUCCCACACAGAGUUCUCUCGGCUAAGAGGACAGAUCAGUUGUGUGUUCUCUUCUGGCCCCACCAGCCAAUCUGCACUGAAGCGAGGUCUCCCUCUACUGGACACUGGGGAGUUUGCAUAUGCGUUCUUGGGCUGGGGCUCAGAGCGAGCAAGCAGCCCUGGGCAUGAUGAAUGCCCCUCAUCCGCCUCUGAGACACCAUGUUCAACUCAAUGACUCCACCACAAGCCAAUAGCUAUGGUGAGCCGUGCUGCCUCCGACCCCUCCCCAGCCAAGGGGUCCCCAGCCUGGGGACAGAAGGAUUUUCUGGUUUGCCCUUUUGCCACCAAGCCAACUUUAUAUCAGGGUCCCAGGGUUAUGGGUCUGCCAGAGAGACCAACGGCUGUUCUGAGGGGCCACUCUUUCCUCCUCCCCGGAGUUCAGUCAAAUUGACAAAGAAGCGGGCACUGUCCAUCUCACCUCUGUCCGAUGCCAGCCUGGAUCUACAGACUGUCAUCCGUACCUCACCCAGCUCUCUUGUGGCUUUCAUCAACUCACGCUGCACAUCUCCAGGAGGCUCCUAUGGCCAUCUCUCCAUUGGCACCAUGAGCCCAUCUCUAGGAUUCCCACCCCAGAUGAGUCACCAAAAAGGGACUUCGCCUUCCUAUGGAGUCCAGCCCUGUGUUCCACAAGACUCUACUCGGGGUGCAAUGAUGCUGCAUCCUCAGUCCCGGAGACCACGUCAGACCUGCCAGAAGCUGAAGUCAGAGCUGGACAUGCUGGUAGGCAAAUGCCCAGAGGAGCCGUUGGAAGGGGACAUGUCUAGCCCCAACUCCACAGGCACACAGGAUCCCCUGCUUGGGAUGCUUGAUGGGCGGGAGGACCUGGAGGAGAAACCUGAGCCUGAAUCUGUGUAUGAGACUGACUGCCGCUGGGAUGGCUGCAGCCAGGAGUUUGACUCCCAGGAGCAGCUGGUGCAUCAUAUCAACAGUGAACAUAUCCAUGGGGAGCGGAAGGAGUUCGUGUGCCAUUGGGGGGGCUGCUCCAGGGAGCUGAGACCCUUCAAAGCCCAGUACAUGCUGGUGGUGCACAUGCGUAGACACACGGGCGAGAAGCCGCACAAGUGCACGUUUGAAGGUUGUCGGAAGUCAUAUUCCCGCCUUGAAAACCUUAAGACGCACCUUCGGUCACACACGGGUGAAAAGCCUUACAUGUGUGAGCAUGAAGGCUGCAGCAAGGCCUUCAGCAAUGCCAGUGACCGCGCCAAGCACCAGAAUCGGACGCACUCCAAUGAGAAGCCGUAUGUAUGCAAGCUGCCUGGCUGCACCAAGCGCUACACGGAUCCCAGCUCACUCCGCAAACAUGUCAAGACGGUGCAUGGUCCUGAUGCCCACGUGACCAAGAGGCAUCGAGGGGACGGCCCUUUGCCACGGGCACCGUCCCUUUCCACGGUGGAGCCCAAGCGGGAAAGGGAAGGAGGGCCCAUCAGGGAAGAGAGCAGAUUGACUGUGCCCGAGGGUGCCAUGAAACCACAGCAGAGCCCCGGAGCACAGUCCUCCUGCAGCAGUGACCACUCCCCAGCAGGCAGUGCAGCCAAUACCGACAGCGGUGUGGAGAUGACUGGCAACGCAGGGGGCAGCACUGAGGACCUGUCCAGCUUGGAUGAAGGACCUUGUGUUGCUGGCACUGGACUUUCCACACUUCACCGCCUGGAGAACCUCAGGCUGGAUCAGCUGCAUCAGCUCCGGCCAUUAGGGUCCCGGGGUCUCAAACUGCCCAGUUUAACCCAUGCUGGCACACCGGUGUCUCGCCGGCUGGGUCCCCCGGGCUCCCUCGACCACCGCAGCAGCAGUUCUAGCAGCAUCAGUUCCGCUUACACGGUCAGCCGCCGCUCCUCCCUGGCCUCCCCUUUCCCACCUGGAUCCCCACCAGAGAAUGGGGUGUCCUCCCUACCUGGCCUCACGCCUGCCCAGCACUACAUGCUCCGUGCCAGAUACGCUUCAGCCAGGGGGAGUGGUACCCCACCCACUGCGGCACACAGCCUGGAUCGGAUGGGGCAUCUUCCUGUACCUUCUUGGAGAAGCCGAGCUGAGUACCCAGGAUACAACCCCAAUGCAGGGGUCACCCGGAGGGCCAGUGACCCAGCCGGGGCUGCUGACCACCCAGCUCCAGCCAGAGUCCAGCGGUUUAAGAGCUUGGGAUGUGUCCACACGCCCCCUAGCGCGGCAACGGGAAGGAACUUCGACCCCCACCUUCCUACCUCUGUCUAUUCACCACAGCCUCCCAGUAUCACUGAGAAUGUUGCUAUGGACACUAGAGGGCUUCAGGAGGAGCCAGAGGUUGGGGCGUCUGUGAUGGGCAAUGGUCUGAACCAGUACAUGGGUUUUCCAUCUGCUGACUCGCUGGGAUACGGGGGACCUGAGGCAGCAUGGGCUGAGCCCUAUGAGGCUAGGGGUCCCGGGUCCCUGGCUCUUGGGCCUGGUCCACUGACCAGCUAUGGCCCUAGCCACUGUCCCCAGCAGGUCUCCUAUCCUGAUCCUACCCCAGAAACAUGGAGUGAGUUUCCUUCCCAUUCUGGGAUGUAUCCUGGCACUAAGGCUCCAACUGGAGCCUAUAUCCAGUGUCCUCGACUUGAACAUUAUGGACAAGUGCAGGUAAAACCAGAACAAGGGUGCCUGGUGGGGUCUAACUCCACCGGACUGGCACCCUGCCUCAAUGCCCACCCCACAGAGGGGUCCCCAGGCCCGCAACCUUCAUUUUCCCAUUACUCCCAACCCCCUCCUCCCCAGUAUCCCCAGUCAGGUCCCUACCCUCGGCCUCCCCAUGAUUAUCUCCCGUCAGAACACAGGCCUGGCCUUGAUUUUGACUCCCCUUCUCAUUCUGAAGGACAGCUCAAAGCUCAGCUUGUGUGUAAUUACGUUCAGUCGCAGCAGGAGUUGCUGUGGGAGGGCAAGGGCCGGGGAGGGCUCCCCAACCAGGAACUUCCAUAUCAGAGCUCCAAGUUUCUGGGGGGUUCCCAGGCUAAUCAGAGCCCUGUCAAGGGUCCAGCAGCUGCCUACGGAUCUGGCUUUGCACCUGCUCUGGCCAGUCACAAGCCCGGCUCCUUUCCGGCCCCUUCGCCAUGCCAUGAGACUUUUGCAGUGGGUAUAAACAGGCCUUCCCAUAGGCCAGCAGCAGUGCCACCCAGGCUUCUGCCCCCAUUGCCUUCUUGCUAUGGACCUCUCAAGGUAGGGGGCGCCAACCCCAGCUGUGGCCAUCCUGAAGUGGGCAGAUUGGGAGCAGGCCCUGCCUUGUACCCUCCCCCUGAAGGGCAGGUGUCCAACCCUCUGGAUUCUCUUGACCUGGACAGCACUCAGCUGGACUUCGUGGCUAUUCUGGAUGAGGCCCAGGGGUUGAGUCCUCCUCCUUCCCACGAGCAAGGGGACAGCUCUAAAAAUACCCCACCUCCCUCUGGGACCCCCAACAUGGCAGUGGGUAACAUGAGUGUCUUACUGGGGUCUCUGCCGGGAGAGACACAAUUCCUCAACUCUAGUACCUAAAAGGAUAAGGAGUCCCAACCGGAUCAUGUUUCCUAGAUGGCCACAUGAGGUGCCCGGGAAUGGGAGGAUUGGGCUGGGGAACUCUAUUUAGUCUAUGUAUGUUCCAGGAGAAAACUUUAAUAAUAAUGACAGUUUCCUGACAAUAAAGGAAUGCUGAGAACAAG